CUGCGCCGAGCGCCAGCGACGUGUCGCUGCGGAGGCGCCGCCGAUGCGCUAGGCCGCGCCGCAGCCACCACCACCGCCGCAGGUCAUCAGCAUAUCACUUUGAGUCGUGCACCCCAGCUUUUGUAGCCUGUGUGAUGGAACUGGAACAGAUAUGAAGACUGCCUCCCUGAGAGAUUCUUGGAGUAUUGUCAGUAAGCUACUGUCAAGUGGUGAUUUUAUGCAAUGGCAUCAAGCCACAGUUCUUCACCAGUGCCUCAGUCAAACAGCAUUGAUGCAUUCUUUAAAAAGGAAAUGGAUUCUGCUAAACGCUUUCAACCUGUGCAGUCACUGCCAGAUGUGUGUCCCAAGGAACCUACAGGUGAUCCUAAUAGUUUAUGUGACAGCCCAUCUCUAGUUGCAGAUCAGCAUCGAUGGACUAUUUUUCAUUCCAAAGUAAACCUCCCAGCAGCGCUAAAUGAUCCUAGGUUAGCAAAAAGGGAAUCUGAUUUCUUUACAAAAACAUGGGGACAGGACUUUGUGGACACAGAAGUCACGCCUUCAUUCUACCUCCCACAGAUUAACAAGGAACUUUUUGCACCAUACCAACAGGACAUCACUCAGAGAGAGAAGAUUCAUGAAAGAUGCAAGAAUAUUUGUCCUCCUAAAGAUACUUUUGACAGGACUCUCUUACAUAUUCAUGAUAAAUCCAGGACAGAUCUGGAACAAGUACCUAAGAUUUUUAUGAAACCAGAUUUUGCCUUGGAAGAUUCCUUAACAUUUAAUGCCGUUUUACCAUGGUCUCAUUUUAGUACUGCUGGAGGAAAAGGAAAUCGUGAUGCAGCUUCCUCUAAGUUGCUUCAAGAAAAGCUGAGCCAUUAUCUGGAUAUUGUAGAGGUAAAUAUUGCUCAUCAGAUUUCUCUACGCUCAGAAGCAUUUUUUCAUGCAAUGACCUCUCAGCAUGAACUGCAGGACUACCUCAGGAAAACCUCCCACGCUGUAAAAAUGCUUCGAGAUAAAAUCUCCCAAAUUGAUAAAGUUAUGUGCGAGGGAUCACUUCGAGUUUUGAGACUCUCACUUACCCGAAAUAACUGUAUAAAAGCAUACAACAAACUGAAGCUAAUGGCGACUGUACACCAAACACAACCUACUGUACAGCUGCUGCUCUCCACAUCCGAAUUUGUUGGAGCACUGGAUUUAAUAGCAACAACACAGGAAGUUCUACAGCAGGAGCUUCAAGGCAUUCACAGUUUCCGGCAUCUUGGAUCACAGCUUUGUGAAUUAGAAAAACUGAUUGACAAAAUGAUGAUUGCAGAGUUUUCUACUUAUGCUCACACUGAUUUAAAUAGACCACUAGAAGAUGAUUGUCAAAUUUUAGAAGAGGAAAGGCUCAUAUCACUAGUAUUUGGACUUUUAAAACAAAGAAAACUAAAUUUUUAUGAAAUAUAUGGUGAUGAAAUGAUCAUUACAGCAAAGAAUAUAAUUAAACAGUGUGUUGUUAGCACAGUAUCGCAAAUAGAAGAAAUAGAUAUAGAAGUUGUCAUUAAACUUGCAGACCAAAUGAGAAUGAUGAAUUUUCCUCAGUGGUUUGAUCUACUGAAGAGUGUUUUUUCUAAAUUUACUAUCUUCCUCAAAAGAAUUAAGGCAACAUUAAAUGUUAUUCGUAGCGUGGUUCUUUUGGUUCUAGACAAGAACCAAAAGACCAGGGAGCAGGAGGAAACUUCAUUGCAGAAGAACUCUACAAAAGACAAUAUUGUGGACACAGAAGUGGCUUAUUUGACUCAUGAUGGCAUGUUUAUCAGUGAUGCAUUCGGUGAGAGAGAGAUCCCAUCUGUAGCAGUUGACACUACCUCUCAAAGAAAUGUUUCCCCGAAUAGUGAGCCUUCCAACAGUGAUUCAGUCUCUGAACCAGAAUGCACUACUGACUCUUCAUCCAGCAAAGAGCAAACAUCAUCUUCUGUUACACCAGGGGGAGUGGAAAUUAUCAUCAGCGAUGACAUGAAGCUGACUGACCUGGAACUGGGCAAGCUGGCAAAUAACAUUCAAGAGUUGCUUUAUAGUGCCUCUGAUAUCUGCCAUGAUCGAUCUGUCAAGUUCCUCAUGGCAAGGGCAAAGGAUGGCUUCCUGGAGAAGCUGAAUUCUAAUGAAUUUGUUGCCCUUUCUCGACUAAUGGAAGGAUUUAUCUUAGACACCGAACAAAUCUGUGGCCGAAAAAGCAUGUCAUUGCGCGGAGCGCUUCAGAGUCAAGCUAAUAGAUUUGUGAAUAGAUUCCAUGAGGAGAGAAAAACAAAGCUCAGUCUGCUACUAGAUAAUGAGCGCUGGAAGCAAGCUGAAGUUCCUGCAGAGUUUCAGGAUCUUGUUGAUUCUGUAGCUGAAGGCAAGAUUACUCUACCUGAAAAAAAGGCAGUUGCUGAAGAAAGAAAGCCAGCUGACUUCCUCAUUGUCGAAGGACAAAAAUAUGCUGUGGUUGGAACAGUGUUGCUGUUAAUAAGAAUAAUCCUUGAGUACUGCCAGUGUGUGGAUAACAUCCCAUCUAUCACUACUGACAUGCUUACUCGUCUGUCUGAUUUACUAAAGUAUUUCAACUCCAGAAGCUGCCAACUAGUGCUUGGAGCAGGUGCAUUGCAAGUUGUUGGUCUGAAAACAAUAACUACAAAGAAUUUAGCUCUCUCCUCACGUUGCCUACAGUUAAUAGUACACUACAUUCCCACUAUCCGGGCUCAUUUCGAAGCUCGGCUGCAGCAUAAGCAGUUCAGCGUGCUCAGGCAUUUUGACCACAUCACUAAGGAUUAUCAUGACCACAUAGCUGAAAUUUCAGCAAAGCUUGUAGCCAUAAUGGAUAGCUUAUUUGACAAACUCUUAUCCAAGUAUGAAGUGAAAGCUCCUGUUCCUUCAGCCUGCUUCAGGAAUAUUUGUAAGCAAAUGGCAAAGAUGCAUGAAGCUAUAUAUGACCUCAUUCCCGAGGAACAAACCCAGAUGUUAUUUUUAAGAAUUAAUGCGAGCUACAAACUUCAUUUGAAGAGGCAGCUAGCUCACCUAAAUGUAGUCAAUGAUGGAGGACCUCAGAAUGGACUGGUUACAUCAGAUGUAGCGUUUUACACUGGAAACCUUCAAGCUUUAAAAGGCCUUAAGAAUCUAGAUCUAAACAUGGCUGAAAUCUGGGAGCAGAAGAGGUGAUGAUAAUCCACUGGAAGCAGUCAGUUGGCUCUGACAAGAAAAUGUCUUGCUUUCAAGGAGCUUGAAGCCUGUGAGGUGAAUACUUAAGGCUGGAGGCCACGAGAGGACCUUAUUGCUAUUUGGGGAAACUAAAUUCCAAGUGAGCUGCAGGGGUUGACCUUUCAGUGACCUUCAGCAAGAAAAAAAGUGAUCAGCUGUCUGUGCAAUGUUUUUCAUUCUUUCUGGAAACAGACUCAGGUUUCUUUGGACCAAAUCCAAAAGAACACAUAGCUGUAACACAGCUGUAGUUGUCUAGAAUGCUCUGUAUAUCUUUAUAUUAAAAAGAUGCUUUGCAUUUCCUCUAGUGCAAUGGAAGUCACAUGGUGUCCCACUUUAAUGAUGGUACAAUAUAAAAUCUUGCAGUUGAACUCUGUAGAAAAAUGUUUUUCUCUAUGAAACUAUGCUGUUCUAAAAUUUAUUUUUUUACAGAUCUUUAUACAAAUAAACAGCUUUUGAUUGCUUACAUAUAGGAUUCAGAUUUGUUAGGAAGCAGUCCAUGUUUCAGGGUAUUUCUCACUGCUGGGUUCUUAUACUGCCACCAGGAAGAUUUUUUUAGUAGAGUCUGGUUCACUUAAGCCAUUUUCUAGUGGCUAGAUUUGGAAGUGAUAACUAUUAGCACUGAUCAGAAAAACAUACUGGACGUAGUAAUGUUCAGAAGUAGUAUAAGGGCUGGUGUUCACAUACUUCACAUAGAUACCAAACCCAUCCUAUUCAUGGUGGAAGCAGAGUACCUCUUUGCAAGAUCCAUCAACAGUGGACUUUCAGUACUUUGCCAAUUCCUAUACACACAGGCCUGUCCCACCCACUUUUUUUUGUUAAUUUUAAACACGGCAUUAACAGUGUAUAUUUUAAGAGGAGGAAGGGACAGGGCAAGUGGUGUAGAAAUAAUUUUAAAAUGAGAGGCUGCUGUACACUUGUAAAGCUACACCACUGCAGUACAGGGAGGUGUGAGGUGAUGACAAACUAGUUUAAUUUAUUGAAAACUUGUUUUUAAUACUACCUUUUAACACUGGAAGAUACCAGUACUCAGUAAAAGUGCCUGUGUAUUUCACCUCACAACUUUUUACCUAAACAUAGUCCGAGUGCCUAACCUUGUGAUGAUUAUGUACAAUGGAAUGGUCUACAGUGUUUGUGUGCCUAUGGUUUCUUCAGACAGGCAUGCUUAUCUUAACACAACAGAUGUCAUUAAAUGUCAAUCAAAAUAAAGCUAUAAAAAUCACACUUGUUUUUAAAGACCAACUUCUUUAAUGAUACAGGCCAGUGUUUUACUAAGCUUACAAAAUAAGUUGCCUACGUGUAAAUACAAUAGAAGCAUAAAGAAGUUUGAAAGAAUGAUCACCAGGAUGAGUCUUAUUUUAAAACGUACAUAAAUUUAGAAAUAAGUUAUUUUCAUUUGGGUCAACACAUGAUUAGUAUGAACAUGAGCACAGUCAAUAUGAUAUUCUUUAUGUUGCUUCAGAGAAGGGAGAUCAAAUUGAAGACAUUAAAAAGGAGAUCCACUCUUAACUAGAACAUUCAUACACAGAGGUAUUCUCCUAUAUUCAAUUCUUUGAGCAAGUUUGAAUCGGCAACAAAUCCAGCUGUCUUGCAAGACAUAAAGGAGGUAUUGACAAACUUACCCCAAUCUGAUUGGGGGUAUAUUUCUGAUGUGAUAGCAUGGCAUCUGUAAAUGUGAACUAUUAAAGUUAUGUGGCGGUGAAGAAAGUGACUAGGACUAUAUAAUACUUGUGAGCACUUGAAAUACAGGUUCUUAAUAGCUUACUUCCUGUAGUAGCA